GGAUGUUGACGUGGAUAACAUUUUAACAACUUUGGGUCCAUGGAAGAGGUACCAAAUUCUCCAACUGUUUUAUGUUGGUUUUAUUCAUAUGUUUGGUGGAGCUUAUACUGUACUUGUAUAUGUUUUCAUAGGUUACCAACCACCUCAUCACUGCAGCAACCUUACACAAAGUAUUCAUACGUAUGGUAUUCCAAGCUAUAUAAAUGAAUCACAGGUCAUAGUUCAUUAUGGUCAAUGUGACAUCACUGUUUAUUCCAAUGGAACUAACAUGACGUCCGAGAAGUGGACGAUACCAUGUGUUAACGGAUAUACUUACGAAAAUACUGCAAAAACAUUUGUGUCUGAGUGGAAUUUAGUUUGUACAAGUGCCGGUUUGGGUGAAUUGACACAAACAUUUUUAGCAGCCGGACAGUGUGUUGGAGCUAUGCUCUUUGCGUCGAUGGCAGAUAGAUUCGGCAGAAAACCAAUUUUAAUGUCAUCGCAUUUAGGAUUAUUUACCAUAAACACAGCUUCUUUUUUUAUUCCAUCUUAUACAAUAUUUGCAAUUUCAAGACUUCUUCUCGGCGCUUUGCAACAGGGUGUUGCAAUAGUUUUAUCUACGAUCCUUCUAGAAAUGUUUCCAAAGCAAUCCCGUGGUACAAUAGGCGCACUUUUGUCUGUUUUUUGGACGGUGUCUGUGAUGUCCAUUACAGCAUUUGGAUACGGAUUGCGUAAUUACUCAUGGAGAUACAUACAACUAGCGGCUGGUUUAAUUUCUGUUCAUAGUUUGUUUGGUUACUGGUUAAUAGAUGAAUCCUUUCGUUGGUUAAUCGCAAACAAGAAAACAGACGAAGCAAUAAAGGUUGCAAAGAAAAUCGCAAGGAUUAACAAGGUCAAUGUCAACCAAGUCCUGUCCGUUAUCAGUUCCCAACAACCAAUGCGUGAGCUGGCUGUACCUAGGUCCGAGCCCAUAAAUGAGUUUGACGAUGUACCGGAAAAUGAACCGUCUGAAGAAAUAGAAAGUGCGGACCUAAUAGAAAACACCACUGAUUCCACACCAUCAGUUGUACAGCAGUAUACUCUUCUUGAUAUUCUGAAAAGCAGCAUUUUACUUAGGAAUUCUAUAAUUCUUUGGUUUGCAUGGUGUGUGAACAGUUUGACAUAUUAUGGACUCUUUUUGACGUCAUCUUCAAUGGCUGGCAGUCGCUAUCUUAACUAUUUCAUCAAUGCAACAGUGGAGUUACCUUCCAAUAUUAUGUUUUGGUUAAUGGUAAACAGAACCUCUAGAAAAACACUGGUUGUUUUCUUCCAUGCAUUAGCUGGUCUUUCACUUAUCAUUUCUGUAGCACUUCUCACUUUAAAAGAUGAUGGCGGUAAAGGCGCUGUAGUGUCAACAGCGUUUGGCUUUCUUGGUAAACUUGCGAUAUCAUCUUCUUUUAACUCAGUUUGGUUGUAUACUCCUGAACUGUACCCUACCAAUUUGAGAUCGGCUGGCUUUGGUGUUGCGUCUACUAUGGCAAGAGUUGGUGCGAUGAUUGCGCCCUUCUCUUCUUUGUUGGCUGCUAGAAUCAUCUGGGGUCCUGGAGUAGUUUUUGGAGUAUGCUGUUUUCUUGUUACCAUUCUCGUUACUGUACUACCUGAAACGGGACAGCGAGAACUACCUCAAACGCUAGAAGAAUUGGUGAACUGGAAUAAAGAGCAAUCUGGAUGGAAACUUGGGAAACUAAGAAAGAAGAAAAAAAUUGAGACAGCAAAAACUUGACAUUUUAUUAAUCUAUGUUUUGUACCAGAAAAUACUAAAGAUGAAGCUUUCAAAGCAUGUGUUUUUGGACAUUGAAAUGGAGUUGUAUGCAUUAAUGAAAAUAAUGAUAUUUGUAUAACUAUGUGAUCAUGUAAAUGCUAUCAUUUGAAUCAAUGACCACAAACGAUGUUUGUAUUAUAUAUAAAUUUUUAAAAAAUAUAAUGCACAAUAAAAUAUUUCAAGUAAAUAAACUUAAUAUAUCACAGAUUCAUGUAAUAGAUAAUAAGUGUUGCAUUGAUAUACUUCUGGCAAUGUAUAUGUGAUACUCUAAACAUUGUGUGUGUGUGUGGUUUACUUAGUGAUAUAUAUAGACAGAGAACUCAGGACAUUUA